ACGCUAAAUUCAGUCGGUGACUGUUUGAGUGUUUUGCCAUUCGGUUUCGUUCUUUUUUAGUGAUCUUUUGAAUUAGUUUAUUUUUUUAUCAAUUUCGAAGCAUUUUUUAAAGCAAUUCUCACAAUGUCUGACGACGAGGAUAUUCAUUACGUUAAAAAGCAAAAAACUGUCCAUUACGGCUCACUCGAAGAGUCUGAGAGAGCUCGUAUAGCUGCACUCGAUGAAAGUAAUUCUGAUGAUGACAGCAGAGAUGGACAAGAAGCAUUCAAAAGGCCAGCCAAUGUCCAUAUAUCUAAUGAGUAUAUGGAGUUGGAGGCGAGCAUGUCAAAAGAUCGACAAGCUCUAUUGGAAGAAUUCGAACGAAGAAAAAAAGCCAGACAGAUAAAUGUGUCGACAGAUGAUUCAGAAGUUAAAAAAAAUUUGAGGCAAUUAGAAGAGCCCAUUUGUUUAUUUGGUGAAGGGCCAGCUGACAGAAGGAAUCGUCUGCGUGAAUUGUUGUCGUGUUUAGGGGAAGAUGCCAUUAAAAGAAAAGAUGACGAUGAGAGAGUAGCGCAACCUGAAAAGGAUCCAGAAACAACUUGGUACCAUGAAGGUCCUGAUUCACUCAGAGUAGCACGAUUAUGGAUAUCAAUGUAUUCUGUGAAACGAGCCAAAUUGAGAUUAGAAGAAGCCCGCAAAGAGCGUGAUGUUCCUGCAGCUACUAAAACCGCCAGAAGACAAGAACUUCUUAAAAAACUACAAGCACAGAGCAUAUAUUGCUCUCAAAUAGGAGAUACAAGGCCUAUAUCAUGUUGCACAUUCAGUCCUGACUCAAAAACUUUAGCGACAGCCUCUUGGUCAGGUUUAUGCAAAUUAUGGUCUGUACCAGACUGUACUGAAUUAAGAACACUGAAAGGUCAUGGUUGCAAUGUAGGUUGUAUCACAUUUCAUCCAAAGGCGGGUACUACGGAAGAUAUAUUUGAUGAAAGUGCUAGUAAAACGUGUAUACUAGCUAGUUGUGCCAGUGAUGGUUCUGUCAAACUUUGGGGAGGUGGAAAAGGUGAAGAACCUUUAGCAAAUGUUGAAGGGCAUGAACCACAUAGAGUUUCAAGGCUAGCUUUUCACCCAUCUGGUAGAUUCUUAGGAACUUGCUGCUAUGAUUCUUCAUGGCGUUUAUGGGAUUUAGAACAGAAAGCUGAAGUUUUACAUCAGGAAGGACAUACAAGGCCUGUACAUUGUAUGAGUUUUCAAAUAGAUGGUUCUGUAGUAGCUACUGGUGGUCAAGACUCUUUUGGAAGAGUCUGGGAUUUACGUACUGGUAGAUGCAUCAUGUUCAUGGAGGGCCAUUUGAAAUCUAUUUAUGGCAUAGACUUUUCUCCAAAUGGUUAUCACUUGACUACUGGUUCUGAUGACAAUUCUUGCAGAAUUUGGGAUCUUAGAAAAAGAGCUUGUCUAUAUUCUAUCCCUGCACACACUAAUUUGAUAUCAGACGUUAAAUAUCAAAAAGGUGAGGGUCAAUUUUUGAUCACCGCUUCUUACGAUAAUACUGCAAAAAUCUGGUCAAGCAACACUUGGCAACCACUGAAAACCUUACCUGGUCACGAUGGUAAAGUGAUGUCAGUUGAUGUAUCCAGUGAUGGAAAAUACAUAGCAACUACGUCCUUUGAUAGGACCUUUAAGCUAUGGGCACCAGACUUAUAAAUAUAUUCGAUUAUUUUCUUUAUGUGAAAGUAAAGAGUUAAUAUUUUGUACAUAUAACACCUAUUUUUAUAUGAAAUAAAUGUAGAGAACGAGUAUCUCUACUUCAAUUCUUAAGAAUUGUUUGUUCAGCUGAAAAUCGUAGCGUUUAUCGAUGAAUUAAUGUAAGUAGCAAUAUGUUUGCAAAUAAAUAACUUGUAUUUCAU